AUGGUGCUGAUCGUCGACUCGCGCCAGCGCCGCAUCAAGCUCGGCCUGAAGCAGCUGACCGAGGACCCGUGGACCACGCUCGCGCGCGCCUACAAGAAGGGGGCACGGAUCGCCGGAACGGUGAGCCGCAAGACCGACUUCGGCGUGUUCGUGACGAUCGACGGUGAUCUGGAGGCGCUGAUCAGCAAGAACCACCUGACCACCGACGAGACCUCGUUCGAAGAGGCAUCCAACGCGCUCAAGGUCGGCGAUCCGAUACAGGCGAUCGUGCUCGAGAUCAACCCUCAAAGCCAGCGACUGGCGCUGUCGGUUCGCGAGUUGCAGCGACGUCAGGAACGCGAGGAGAUGGUCCGGUACGCGCACACCGACGGCAGCGAUGACACCGUAUCGCUGGGCGACCUGCUUCGCAGAAAGAACUCGGGGUAG